AUGGCCCCGCGACCUCGACGCUCUGCUGCCACAAAAGCAAAUGAGUCAAUUUAUGUGCAUGCUAGAUGGGCUGACGCUAGCGACAGAGCUGAAAGUGGUAUUAUGUCAUCCUCUCGCAGAUCUGGCCGUGCAUCCGGCGUGAGUGGCACUCGAGAAAUGCCCUCAUCCUCCCCUGACGAAAGCGUCACGGUUCAGACCCCCAAAUCCACUCGAGGUGCCAAUCGGCGGUUUGACCGCUUUGAAGGAGGCGAGAUCGUUCAUGGUACCAGAAACCGAGGCGGGAGGAAAAAUUAUGUCAUCGAUUCCAGCCCGGAUGACGACGACGACGAAGAAGAAGAAGAAGUAGAAGAUGCCAGAAUUCAUCAUGUCGGGGAUGAAGAUCAAGAUGCUGAGGGUGAAGAGAUGGAGAUUGACGCAGAAAGGGAAGACGUAGACGCGGAAGGGGAAGAAGAAGAAGAAGAAGAAGAAGAAGAAGAAGAAGAAGAAGAAGAAGAAGAAGACGCUGAAGGGGACAUUGAUAUGGAUGCGUCACUACCUCCGCGUGCAGGCCAUACCAUCCGCGUAUCUCAGACAGCCCCAAGGUCGGCUGCCAAAAUAGCGGCAGCAAAGAUGGCUGUUGAUGACGACGAUGAGGAAGAAGACGACGAUGACGAGCUGAGCGAUCCGGCAGACAGCGACGACGAGGUCGAUCAGACCUUGGGCUUUGGCGAUGAGACAAUGGCCGAUGAAGACGCCGAAGGUGAAGAGAUUGAAGUUGCAGCAGAGGAUGACGAUGAGGAGGAGGCGGAGGAGGAGGAGGCGGAGGAGGCGGAGGAGGCGGAGGAACCAGAGGAACCAGAGGGCGAGGAAGACGCGGGUGAUGAUGCCGAAAUCGAAACUGAAGGUGGCACUCGAGAAGGCACGCCGGAUCUCACCAAAAUGACCAAGCGUCAACGGGCAAGAUUCGAGGACGGGCCCAAAGAGUACAUGAAGCUGUCGGAUGAGGUUCAAGUCAAGAAACACUUUACAGCGGAGGAGCUGUCCAUGCGUCGGCAAGAAAUGGCUCGACGUCGCCGCAAUCUCAGCGAAAAACGCACCGAGGAAGUCAAGAUGGAAACUAUCAACAAGCUGUUGAAGAAGCAAGCACCCAAGAUUAAUCGGAAGGCCGCCGCGGCCGCGGCCCGCGCUGACAGUCCGGAUGAUGAAUCCUCAAAAGUUAAUCCCACGUUUAUUCGGUGGGUAAAUAACAAGAACGGCAGCAAACUCUCCAUCCCGGGAGACCUCGUCAGAGGUCCUGCUGGCCGAGUUUUCUCCAAGGCUGGCGGCGGGCUUGCACCCGGCAGAAUGGUACAAGAGGUUACCUGA